GACAUAAUGGGCGUGGCAGGAACGCCAUAUUGCUAUCAAAAGGGCAGAUGAGGUCAACCGUUAACGAAUGUGGCCCUGAUUCAGUAAAGAUAGAAGGGUUAAGUAUUAUCGUAGUCAUGGCUUCCUUGUUUGCUAAUCCAAUGCCAAAAAAAAUCCUGUUGUUGAUCUUGUUCGCGUUUUACAUGUGUCUACUGGGACUUUCAUCUUCUGGUUACUUCAAAACUGUGUCAUUUGUUGUUGCUGCUGCUAAGAAUGACAAAACAACACAAGGGAAGGAAGCUGAGGCUCUUAUGAAAUGGAAACUCAGCCUCGACAACCAAAGUCAGCAUCGACUGUCUUCAUGGGUCUGGGUCGGAGGCAGCAACCAUUGCAACUGGGUUGGAGUUGCCUGCGACGAGUCCAGAAGUGUGACCCAUCUCAAUCUUCCAAGCACCAGUUUGAACGGUACGCUUCAAAAUCUCAGCUUCUCAUCCUUUCCCAACAUCAUUAGCAUCAAUUUGUCACAAAACCACCUUUAUGGAGAUAUACCCCUUGGCCUUUACAACCUCUCCAAACUCAUAAAUCUUGACUUGUCAAACAACCGUCUCUCCGGGUUUCUUUCCCGAACCGUUGCAAGUCUUUCUAUUAUCUCAACUUUCAACGUAAGUGGCAAUGGGCUCUCUGGCUCCAUUCCUCAUGAAAUAGGAAAGAUGAAGUCUUUGACAGAACUUGAUUUACGAGCUAACAACCUCACAGGUCCCAUUCCUUCUUCUAUUGGAAAUUUGACCAAUAUCGUUCGACUUUACCUUCAUCUUAAUUCUCUUUCUGGACAUAUUCCGCCAGAAAUCGGAAACUUGGGAAAGUUAUUCGAUGUUUGGCUUUCUAAAAAUGAACUUUCUGGAGAAAUUCCUAGAGAAAUUGGAAACAUGAGAAACAUAGGAUUCCUUGCCCUUGAUACCAACAACCUCUAUGGUUCGCUUCCAGCUUCCCUAGGAAACUUGACCAACUUAGUUGGUAUUUACAUUUAUGACAAUAGACUUUCUGGGCAUAUUCCUAGAGAAAUUGGAAACUUAACAAAUUUGAGCUAUCUUGAACUUCUGAGCAACCAAUUUUCUGGAAACAUUCCUAGAGAAAUUGGAAUUUUGAAAAAGUUGAGCAUUCUUAUGCUUCCACAGAACCAACUUUCUGGAAAUAUUCCAAGAGAAAUCGGAUAUUUGAGCAACUUAGAAUGUCUUGACCUUGCUACUAAUAAUCUCUCUGGCUCACUUCCUGCUUCCAUUGGAAACCUGACUAAUCUUAAAAGGCUCUUUUUGACAUAUAACCAACUCAAUGGUUCUCUUCCCUUAGAAAUGAAUGAACUUACCAAUUUAACAAGUUUGAAAUUAUCUUAUAAUAAUUUCAGUGGCCAAUUGCCCCAACAAAUAUGUGGUGCUGGAUCACUUGAGAAUUUUACCAUCGCUGGGAACCAUUUUACGGGCCCAGUCCCAAAAAGCCUGAAAAACUGCAGCAGCCUUUUUAGAGUUAGGCUACAAGGAAACCAACUGACAGGAAAUUUAAUUGAAGAUUUCGGUAUUUACCCACACUUGAACUACAUUGAUUUGAGUGGUAAUAAAUUUCAUGGAGAGCUUUCACCAAAGUGGGGGCAGUGCCACAAUCUGACAUAUCUUAACAUCUCUAACAACAAAAUUUCAGGCUCCAUAUCGCCUGCGCUUGGGGAGGCAACUCGUCUGCAAGGGCUUGAUCUCUCCUCAAAUCAUCUCUCCGGAAAGAUUCCAGAGGAGCUGGGAAACUUGAAGUUGUUGCUCAAACUAAUCCUUAGUGAUAACCAAUUAUACGGUGAAAUUCCUUCUAGAUUUGGAAUGCUAGCUGAUCUACAGAAACUCAACCUUGCAAUAAACAAUCUAAAUGGCUCGAUUCCAAAAGAACUUGGAGGGUGCUUCAAUUUAUUAGAGUUGAAUUUGGGAAAAAACAAACUUGCGGGAAGUGUUCCUUUUGAGAUUGCUAGUAUGUACGCUCUCGAAAUCCUUGAUCUCAGUUCAAAUUUGCUGACCGGAGAGAUACCACCACCGUUUGGACAAAUGAAACGUUUAGAAACUUUGAAUCUCUCCCACAAUUUCCUUUCUAGUUCCAUUCCUGUUUUUGAUGAAAUGUCAAGCUUGAUAUCGGUUGAUAUGUCCUACAACCAGCUGGAGGGACCUAUUCCUAAUUCCAAAGCCUUUCGAGAGGCACCAUUUGAAGCAUUCAGAAGUAACAAAGGUUUGUGUGGCAAUACUGCAGGUUUAAAGCCUUGCCCAAAAAUAACUCAAAAUCUUCAAGGUAGAAAGGUCAAUAAAGUCAUUAUAGUGCUCCCUCUUUCGUGUUGUCUACUUUUUCUAUCUAUCAUUUACGGAUUUUUAUACAUUCGACAUAGAAGAGCGAGGAAAAUUGAAAAUAGUCCCUAUCCUCAAACACAAAAUGAGAAUCUAUUUGCAAUAUGGAGCUAUGACGGAAAAAUAGUGUAUCAGGACAUCAUCGAAGCAACGGAGGAAUUCGACUCCAAAUAUUGCGUCGGAGAGGGAGGAUAUGGGAGUGUUUACAAGGCUGAAUUAAGCUCCGGUCAGGUUGUUGCAGUGAAGAAGCUUCAAACAAAUGUGGAUGGUGGGAUGUCUCAUCUCAAAGCUUUUACCAGUGAGAUUCAUGCAUUAACUAAGAUACAACAUCGUAACAUUGUGAAGUUAUACGGGUUUUGUUCGCAUCCACGACACUCAUUUUUGGUCUACGAGUUCUUGGAAGGUGGAAGUGUUCGAGAUGUACUGAGCAAUGAGGAGAAAGCAAGAUCUUUUGAAUGGAGAAAAAGGGUAAAUGUUUUGAAAGGUGUGGCAAAUGCGUUGUCAUACAUGCACCAUGACUGUUCACCGCCUAUAAUACAUCAAGAUAUAUCAAGCCAGAAUAUUCUACUGAAUGAACAAUACGAUGAAGUUCGCGUUUCUGAUUUCGGGACGGCCAGGAUUCUUAAAACCGAGUCAUCGAACUGGACUUCAUUUGCAGUAACUUUUGGAUAUGCUGCUCCAGAACUUGCUUAUACCAUGGAAGUGAACCAAAAAAGCGACGUUUAUAGCUUUGGGGUAGUAACAUUGGAAAUACUGAUGGGGAAGCAUCCAGGGGAUCUAAUCUCCUCAAUUUCAUCAACUCCUUCCUCAUCAUCCUCACAGCAUGGCGAAGUAUCUCUUGUGGAUAUUUUGGACCAGCGCAUAUUGGCUCCGACACAUGAUGAUGAAGUCGCAGGGGAGGUGGCGUCUCUUGCUAAGAUAGCAUUGGCAUGUUUAAACGGCUGUGCACAAUGUCGGCCAACAAUGAAAGAAAUUUCUCAGGAGCUAAUGUUGACUCGAAAGCUGCAUUUGUCAAAAGUGCCAUUGCAUCUAAUUACACUUCCCGCUUCCUCAAUUUAGUUAGAAGCUUUAGGGUUUGAAUGUGGAAUGAUAUAUAUUCAUAUUAUAUAUAAAUGUUCACAUCGUUGUUAAUCCUGCAAUAGAUAGUGCAAAAUGCGAAUAAGGGAAGUAGUCUCAUAGUUGUCUUGACCAACUAUAUAAGUAUUUUGAAUGUUUGUCUUUUUAUCAUGUGUAGCUUCUUUUUCUAGCCAUAAUAACAUUUAUUUACUGUUACAAU